AUGUACAGCAACUUCAAGGAGCAGGCGAUCGAGUACGUGAAGCAGGCCGUCCAGGAGGACAAUGCCGGCAACUACGUCAAGGCGUUCCCGCUCUACAUGAACGCGCUCGAGUACUUCAAGACCCACCUCAAGUACGAGAAGAACCCCAAGAUCAAGGAGGCCAUCACCGCCAAGUUCACCGAGUACCUCCGCCGCGCCGAGGAGAUCCGGGCCGUCCUCGACGAGGGCGGCGGCGGCCCCCCCGGCGCGCCCAACGGCGGCGACGCCGCCGUCGCCACCCGGCCCAAGACCAAGGGGAAGGACGGCGGAGGCGACGGCGCCGGCGGGGACGACUCCGAGCAGUCCAAGCUGAGGGCCGGCCUCAACUCGGCCAUCAUCACCGAGAAGCCCAACAUCAAGUGGAACGACGUCGCCGGGCUCGAGAGCGCCAAGCAGGCGCUGCAGGAGGCCGUCAUAUUGCCCGUCAAGUUCCCCCAGUUCUUCACAGGUAAGCGGAGGCCAUGGAGGGCUUUUCUUCUGUACGGUCCACCAGGAACAGGAAAGUCUUAUUUGGCUAAAGCUGUUGCAACUGAGGCUGAUUCGACAUUCUUCAGCAUAUCUUCAUCAGACCUUGUUUCGAAAUGGAUGGGAGAGAGCGAGAAACUAGUUGCUAAUCUUUUCCAAAUGGCUCGCGAAAAUGCCCCGUCAAUUAUCUUCAUUGAUGAAAUUGAUUCCUUGUGCGGUACACGUGGAGAAGGCAAUGAAAGUGAAGCUUCCAGGAGAAUAAAAACCGAACUUCUUGUACAGAUGCAGGGUGUUGGCCAUAAUGAUGAUAAAGUUCUUGUUCUUGCUGCGACGAAUACGCCAUAUGCUCUGGACCAGGCUGUGCGGCGGCGGUUUGACAAGCGUAUCUACAUUCCGCUACCUGACGCGAAAGCUAGGCAGCAUAUGUUUAAGGUGCAUCUUGGGGAUACACCGCACAGCUUAUCGGAAAGUGAUUUUGAGGUCUUGGGUCGUCGUACAGAAGGAUUCUCUGGUUCCGAUGUUGCUGUCUGUGUGAAAGAUGUGUUGUUUGAGCCUGUGCGCAAAACACAGGAUGCUAUGUACUUCUUCAAGAUAGAUGGUGACAUGUGGAUGCCCUGUGGACCGAAGCAGCCAGGCGCUGUGCAGACCACGAUGCAGGAUCUUGCAUCCAAAGGCCUUGCCUCACAGAUUCUUCCACCCCCGAUCUCGAAGAAUGAUUUCGAGAAGGUCCUUGCGAGACAGAGACCAACCGUUGGCAAGAAGGACCUGGAAGUGCACGAGAAGUUCACCAAGGAGUUCGGCGAGGAGGGUUGA